AUGGAAGGUGAUCAAACUUCAUCUAGCGCUCCUGCAAGUAGUCUCGAAAUUGUAUCAAUGGUUAUUUGGUUAUCAACUGGAAAUGGCAAAUUUUUUGAAUUGCAUGGAGCUCGUGAUAUAAUCAAACAAGUAUUACCUAAAUCAUCGGAGACAGCUUUUCGUUGGGGUUAUUAUAAUUCUCCCGCUGAUCCCGAUCGACAAUCUUAUACACAAGUACUUGAAGCUUUUCUUAAAGCUGGCUUUCAUAUUGAAGGUUCAUCAGGCGCUGGUACACAAGGUCUUCUUCGUACACAAUACAUACUUGUCAAACGCAAUUCUUAA